AUGACUCCAUCCAGUCCGGCACGUCCGCCGAACACGCGCGGAAACCCGUUCAACAGGUCUGUAGCCGACGUGACCGCGAGGAUGAUGCAAGAAACCUUUCCGAACGUUGAAUCCAGUACGGACGAGUACACAACAAAGUAUCGGUGGAUCUCAGACAUAAGGAGGCUUGGCCAGCGCUUGCAUAUGCUGGAGACAAGAUUCGGUGAAGGUGUCUUGGGUCUCAUGUUAGAUCAAGGUCUCGCUGGUACAGAUGUCGGUAUUACCGAUAAGAUGAUAAUGACUCCCACUGACAUCGAGUACGCUGAGUUCGUUGGCAUCUUGGAUAAGUCCCAGGGUAAUCUACUUCGCGGUCUCAGUAGGGCUGUUCUACCCGCUGUGCAAGCUUUAACUCUUGGAGGUGUGCACGAGCAGAGACUUUUCGACAUUGAAAAGAUGACGGUGGACAACAUCACAAAGUAUCCGAAAGGCUCCUUGGCGUUCUUGAAGCUCAUCAACGAGGCGGUGUAG